AUGGUUUAUAAAACAUCAUGUCUUCUUCUUCCUUUGGCUCUCGUAUUUCUUGAUUUCAUCAUAACCUCAUCAUUAGCCAAACCUAUUCCAACCACAUUCAUCAACGUCUUAACUUACGGAGCUAAACCAGAUGGCUCAACAGACUCAACCAAAGCCUUCUUAGCCGCGUGGCAAGUCGCUUGUGCCUCUGUUAAUCCUACAACUAUUAUCGUACCAAAAGGACGGUUCUUGGUCGGAAACCUUGUAUUCCAAGGCAAGAAAUGUACGGAUACUCCAAUAUCUAUUCGUAUAGCCGGAUCAUUGAUUGCUCCCGAAGAUUAUAGAAUUGUCGCAAGCUCAGAACAGUGGAUCUGGUUCGAGAGUGUCACUGAUGUUUCAAUAUAUGGUGGGAUACUUGACGCGCAAGGUUCUGGUUUGUGGAAUUGCAAGAACAAUGGUGGUAGCAAUUGCCCUACCGGUGCCAAGACUUUGUUGUUUAGUGGGUCGAAUAACAUCAAUAUCAACGGUUUAACGUCGAUAAACAGCCAGAAAUUCCAUAUAGUUAUCAACAGUUGCAAUAACGUGAACAUUGACGGCGUUAAAGUUUCUGCUGAUGCUAAUAGCCCUAACACUGAUGGGAUUCACAUCCAAUCAUCUCACUUAGUUAGUAUCACUAACUCAAGAAUUGGAACCGGCGACGAUUGCAUCUCCAUAGGUCCAGGAUCUACUCAUGUUUCCAUACAAGGCAUCCAAUGCGGUCCAGGCCACGGAAUCAGUAUCGGAAGUCUUGGGAUAGCAGAGGAAGAACAAGGCGUGGAGAAUGUGACAGUGAGUAACGUGGAUUUCACGGCAACUAGUAAUGGAGUUAGGAUCAAGACAUGGGCGAAAAACAGCAAGAGUUUCGCUAGAAACAUCGUUUUUCAGCAUAUUAAUAUGAAGAUGGUCAAGAACCCGAUCAUCAUAGACCAACGCUAUUGUUUUUACAAACCUUGCCCUGAACAGGAGUCUGGAGUUGAAGUAUCAAAUGUGAGAUAUGAAGAUAUACACGGGACAUCGAGUACGGAUGUGGCGGUUAAGUUGGAUUGCAGUAAGGAGAAACCCUGUACCGGUAUUGUAAUGGACAAUGUGAAUCUCGCCUUGCAGCUGGUGAACCAACCGGCUCAGGCUUCUUGUAGUAAUGCAAACGGAUUAGCUAAUGAUGUCGUCAUCCCGUUUACUCCUUGUCUGAAAAGAGACAUACUUAUGACAUGA